ACGUGUACGACGCGCACGCGCCCCGAAACUGGGGACUGAGUGAGCGGCGCUGCUCGCUGCCACACAGUCAGAGGAGUCAGGAGAGGAAGGAGCGCACCGGCAGAGCCCGCGGAGAGGAGAACGCGGAGAGACACGCAGCCUGCGACGCAGCGCGGAGGGCACCGCGCGCGCCCUCUCCGUUACGCACCAUAAGCGGAGUGGCGCGUUUAGAUGAGCGCAGCUCCGCUUCAAGGACUUGAAGAAGUUAAACCGGAGAUUCUGGAUCGUUUCCGAGACGGAAUGGACUUUUCAAAUUCUAGAAACCCAGAGAGGGUUUGCUGACAGUCCAGGUGGUUUUUAUUUCUUUUAUUUUUGAGUUCCAUAUUUAAAGCUUCACGUGUCACCUGCGUUUUCAGGGUCAGUUCCCACGCGCGUUUUCCCUCAGAGACCCGGCGCGCGCACUGCGCGCAGAGCGAAGGAUGCCGCGGCAAUGAAACUCUGUUUGGGGCGACAAUUCCGCUGAUUUUGGAUAUUUUUUGGGGGGUAAAGAGUCAGAAAAAGGGGAAAGGCGAUUCAGAAACAGCUACGCGUUCUUGGACAGCGCCGCGUGCGCAGGAAGCGCAGGACCGACCGCUCAGUCAGAGUCUGCGCCAGCGGGACCGACGCGCUGUCCGUCCGUUUCCCCGGGAGGAGAGGAAGUGUUUUCACUUCUCACAGUUUACUCCUCAUAAAGGAUGAAGAUGGAUGUACCCGCAUGGCUCACGGGAUGUAUGCUGGCGUUUCUGCUGCCUUCAGGGGCAAAAACAUCCAAAGGAGCAUCGGAGCCAUGCGGCGACAACUUGGACGCGAGCGACGCCGGUUACAUCACCACCCCCGGCUACCCGCAUGAGUAUCCGGCCAAUCAGAACUGCCGCUGGAUCAUCACGGCGCCCGAGUCUUCUCAACGCAUCGUCCUCAAUUUCAACCCUCACUUUGAGAUCGAGAAGCUGGACUGCAGGUAUGACUACGUGGAGAUCCAUGACGGGAACUCUGAGUCAGCUGAUGUGCUGGGGAAGCACUGCAGCAACAUCGCCCCCGCACCCAUCAUAUCCUCGGGGCCGUCGCUCCUCAUAAAGUUUGUGUCCGACUACGCCCACCAGGGGGCGGGCUUCUCACUGCGAUACGAAAUCUACAAAACAGGCUCGGAUUGUUCUCGGAAUUUUACCAGCCAUUCGGGGCUCAUCGAGUCUCCGGGCUUCCCCGACAAAUACCCCCACAACCUGGAGUGCUUCUUCAUCAUCGUGGUCCCCCCCAGCAUGGAUGUCACCCUCAGCUUCCUCACGUUCGACUUGGAAAAUGACCCCCUCCCAGGAGGGGAGGGAGAAUGCAAGUACGACUGGCUGGAAGUGUGGGACGGUCUCCCAGGAGUGGGUCCUCUGAUUGGUCGAUACUGUGGUACAAGAGUUCCUCCUGAGAUCCACUCAUCCACUGGGAUUCUCUCCCUGGCCUUUCACACCGACACAGCAGUGGCCAAAGACGGUUUCUCAGCCCGGUACAACAUGACGCAUAAAGAAGUCAGCGAGACUUUUCAUUGCAGUAACCCUUUUGGUAUGGAGUCUGGAAAGAUCACCGAUGAACAGAUCACCGCCUCCUCAACAUUUGAAGAAGGACAUUGGCUUCCACGUCAGGCCAGACUCAACUGCAAUGACAACGCGUGGACGCCCAACGAAGACAGCAUCAGGGAAUACAUUCAGGUGGACCUCCAUACCCUGAAGGUGCUCACUGGCAUCGCCACACAGGGCGCCAUCUCCAAGGAAACUCAGAAGACCUACUAUGUUACCACCUUCAAGUUGGAACUCAGCACCAACGGAGAGGACUGGAUGAUCUACAGGCACAGCAAAAACCACAAGAUUUUUCACGGCAACACCGACGCAACAGAGGUGGUUCUGAACCGGAUUCCACAGCCGGUGCUGGCCCGAUUUGUGCGGAUCCGGCCGCAGACGUGGAAGAACGGCAUCGCGCUCAGAUUUGAGCUCUACGGUUGUCAGAUCACAGAUGCUCCCUGCUCCGAGCUGCAGGGGAUGCUGUCUGGGCUGCUGCCAGACUCGCAGAUCUCUGCCUCCUCCAUGAGGGACAUCCACGGCUCCAUGGGGGCAGCCCGGCUGGUGGCCAGUCGGUCCGGCUGGUUUCCCAACCCCACACAGCCCAUCGUGGGAGAGGAGUGGCUGCAGGUGGACCUUGGCGUGCCAAAGAUGGUGCGUGGCGUCAUCACUCAGGGAGCCAGAGGGCUGGAGGGCAGCACCAGCGCCGAGAACCGAGCGUUUGUCCGAAAGUACAAACUGGCUCACAGCUUAAACGGCAAAGACUGGAGCUACAUCCCUGACAGCAAGACCGGCUUCGCUAAAGUUUUUGAAGGGAACAGCCACUACGAUACUCCAGAGGUGCGGCGGUUCGAUGAGAUCGUGGCGCAGUACAUCCGGGUCUUCCCGGAGCGAUGGUCUCCAGCUGGGAUCGGCAUGAGGAUGGAGGUCCUCGGCUGCGAUAGGCCAGAAACCACCACCCUACCUGACACGGCGACCCCCACCUCUCCGAGGGUGGAGCGCACCACCCCUGCAUGGAGAUCUGCCACAACCCCGUCAUUGUCAGCUGUGUGCGACUUCGAGCAGAGCCUGUGCGGCUGGUCGGCGGAUCCUCACUCAGGAGCGAGCUGGUCCCUGCACACGGCCGUCCACAGCUCACCUGGUCACAGCACGCAUGGAACGAGGCAGGACCUGGCCCUGGGGUCGGACAAUUUCUCAGGGAAUUAUCUGAACCUGGACGCCGGCGGCCACAGCCAGCAGAAGAAGGCCCGGCUGCUGAGCCCCGAGGUGGAGCCGGAGCGCGGCCCGCUCUGCCUGCAGUUCCACUACCAGCUCCAGGGGGAGGCCCAGGGCAGCCUGAGGGUCCUGCUGAGGGACAGCGACCUGGGCGAGACCCUCCUCUGGGAGCUCAGAGGGGACCAGGGGCCUCACUGGAGGGAGGGCCGAACCAUCUUGCCCCAGAGCCCCAAAGAGUAUCAGGUGGUGUUUGAAGGUUUCUUUGAGAACCCGACGAGAGGCCACAUCCGCAUCGACAACAUCCACAUGAGUGACAGCAUCGAGCUGGAGCAGUGUGCACAGCCUCUCUUUGCCUUGACUCCUGAAAUAAGCAGGGGUGCCAUAUCUGGGAUGGAGCCCACCGUUGACACAGUAAUGAUGCAGCCGCUCCCCGCCUUCUGGUACUAUGUGUUGGCUGGAGGCGGCGCCCUCUUGCUGUUGGCGACCGUAACCGCGGCGAUGGCUCUAUGCUGUCAUCGCUUCCACUGGGCGACCCAGAAGAGCGGCGGUGGCCACCAUCAUUCGGUGAUGUACCACAGCAGCCAGCAGCCGUGUGGCCACGGCCAGGAGAGCUCCCUCCAGAACCAGAACCUCCACUGGAACGUGACCCAGAACCAGCUUCACUCUGGACCGGGCCCACACACAGAACCCAUGCUCACUCUGGAGAAAGGAGACAGCUUUGACUCCCGCUGCUGAGCGGUUUUUAUCCGCUGUCUGCUCUUUGCUGUGAAGGGUCUGCAUGGGGGGGCCUCCACAGCUGAAGCCAGGAGGGAAACCCUCUCUGGAGCGGAGGAGGACCUCUGAACGCCGGAGCGGAUCUGCUGGGUGUGGUUCUGUGCAGCUGAUGGAGCGGUGCCUGCUUUUUGGGCGGAAGCCCCCGCCUGCAGGAAAUGCACGAACACUUUGGAACUUUUCCAGCCUCCUGUUAUCCUGAGCCUGUUUCUUUGUGGAUGUGACUUUUCUAUGUGCUUUAAAGAAUGACCCCCACCCCCUGCCCCCUGGUUGAUGUAGUGCCUUUGAGCAACACGAGAAUGGAUGCUGUUUCUACCGUUUGCUGCCUGGAUGCUCUGCCUGUCGGUUCAUGUUCAAAGUACAGAUCAUGGUUGGACUCUGCCGUCCUCCGUGAAACCAGGACGUUUGUGUCUCAGUUUACAGUUUUAUGACGGAGGAACGUUUACAGGUUUACUGUCAUCCAAGAACUCAGACCAAACAUGCAAAAAACACGCGAUCAUGUGACUGCCUUCAUCAGAGCGUCUGACUAAAAAAACCUUCUGGAGGGAACUCGUUACCGCGGUAACGAAGACAAUAGAGGAGAAGCCGUUCUUCUGGCGGCCCACCUUAAGCUGUGGUCACACGUCCAGGACAGAAACGCCGUUCAGAGGGUGGGGGUCUCAGACGGGAACGGAGAUGAAAGCUGGGAUCUGGACCACGUCUGCUGGGGGGGUAGAGGUGCUGAGUCCCACAUCUGGGGGGGCUCCGUCGGUGAAGGUGACGGUGUUCUGGCUCCACAUCCAGCUUCCACCUCUGUUCUCGCUCAGAACCUCCGCCGUCACGCUCAGGAGCGUCACGUCUUCACUUUGUCUGAAAUGAGCUUUCGUCGUCAUCGGUGGUCUGGGGGGCGUCACCGUGAACAUCUGAAGCUUUUACUUUGAAAUGUAAAGAAGCUGGUGUUUCCGUUCUCAUGAGUUGUGGUUCUUCUGGAAGGUCACGUUCUGGUCCUCAGCAGCUGUUCUUGUGGUUCAGGUGAUGCAGGAACAGAUGUUCUGCCGCUGCAUCUCUCCAUCUUCUGCUCCUCAUCAUUUAGUUCACGUCUAAUUCCCCGAGCCUUUCCCUCCGCUCCUGCUCCUCUGCUUCAAAUCCUGGGAGUGAAAACAAAGGAGAGAAAACAGAAGAUGAGAGGCAGAAUGGACGGAGCUAGAUCUCUCUGAGGAGAAGGGCCCAUUAAGCAAACCCCCCUUUUUCUCCAAAGAAUGAGCCCAGAGAUGGAUCCGGAUGAAAGAAGCAGCUUUCUAAAGAUAGAUAUUGUUCUGUAAUUCUGAGAGGCAGAGGAGCACUGAGGGCCGGAGCGAAGGAGGGAGGAGGAGGAGUGGAGGUGGAGGGGGGGCAGGUUCUCCCAAACACAGAAGCACAUGAAAGGAGGCUUUCAGCAGGAUUCAAACACACAUUAGAUGCUCUCCCAUCACACUGCUCCUCAUCCCUCUGCUCCUCUCAUCCCUCUGCUCCUCUCAUCCCUCUGCUCCUCUCAUCCCUCUGCUCCUCUCAUCCCUCU